GUAAACAUUCUAGAUCUAUAGAGAAUUUCUAGAUCUACGGAACGCGCCUCGAAUCGGCUCGAUUUAGAGUCUAGAUCUAUUUCUAUGAUCAAUCUAGAUCUGAUCUAGACUGUAAAGUCUUGUAUUUAGUAUAGAUAUAUACUCUAGAAUAGUCUAGAUCUACUCGCGUACCUAGCGGCUAGUCCUAGAUCUAGACUAGAAAUAGAAAAAAAAAUAAUUCACGAGGUUGGUGACAAAAAAUAUAAAUUGUAGCCAUGUCGUACAUGUUACAGCACUUGCACAAUGGUUGGCAAGUAGAUCAAGCAAUCCUAUCUGAAGAAGACAGAGUGGUAGUAAUUCGUUUUGGUCACGAUUGGGACCCCACCUGUAUGGUGAUGGAUGAAACAUUAUAUAAAUGUGCAGACAAAAUGAAAAAUUUUGCUGUGGUCUAUUUGGUUGAUAUAACAGAGGUACCUGAUUUUAACAAGAUGUACGAGUUAUAUGACCCCUGUACAGUGAUGUUUUUCUAUCGUAACAAACACAUUAUGAUUGACUUGGGAACUGGUAACAACAACAAGAUCAACUGGUCCAUGGAGGAUGUGCAGGAAUUUAUAGACAUUGUCGAGACAGUUUACAGGGGAGCCAGGAAGGGGAGGGGUUUGGUAGUCUCUCCCAAAGACUAUUCCACCAAAUACAGAUAUUAACACAAGUGUUCAUUUAGAAUUGUAUUCCAAACAUGAUUUAUAUUUUUAUCUUCUGUUGGAAUACUGACAAUUAAAUGAAAGGAUUGAAAUACCUAAAUAUCUUUUUGCAGCAAAAGAUAUGUGUGUGUUUACUAAACAUGCUGAGGCCCCCAAAAAAAUGAAGAAAAACACCAGAGGAAUUGACAGAAAAAUGUUGCAGAGCUUCUGAGUACUGAAUUUAAGGCACUGUCCAGUCUUUUUAGUAAAUGUCUUAGUUUUUUUUUCUCAAUGAGCUUCAUCUCCACAAAAAGAAGAUAUGAAAGAACUUUUACAUUGUUUACAAAAAAUUGAUUUUUGUUGUAUGAAGUGAAUAUUCAUCGGCAGUAAAAUAAAUUUAAAAUUGAUGGAAAAAUAUUGCUCUUUUUUUAAAAAAUUAAACUUUAAGAUUGUUAAAUGUUAAUUUAGCGAAACUGAUGUGUUAGAUGUGUAGACAGUUAAAUUGAUGUGGUAGAUGUUGAGACAGUUAAACUGAUGUGGUAGAUGUUAAGACAGUUAAACUGGUGUUGUAGAUGUUAAGACAGUUAAACUGAUGUGGUAGAUGUUAAGACAGUUAAACUGGUGUUGUAGAUGUUAAGACAGUUAAACUGAUGUGGUAGAUGUUAAGACAGUUAAACUAUAUAUAUUUAUAUAUAGAUCUAUCAUGACUAACAUGAAUUGGUAAACAAGUACAAUACAAUGUCUACUUGAGAUACAUUAAUAACUAUGUUCAUCUGUUCAUAAUCUGAGUUACUAAAAGGGAAGUGUGUGACUAAAUGAUAUAAUGUCUUACUGUAUUAAAGGUUGACUCCUUUUAAAGCCUAAA